AUGGUUGCGUGUUUGAAAAUUCUCCAAUAUAAAGAUUCAGAUAGAUUGCCAACAAAGACAAGGGCAGGUGCAGAUAUACAACUGGAUGGGAAUUGCUGUCACACAUCAUUGAAUGUGAAAAGCUUCAUAGUGAACGUCGUCCGUGUUGGUCCUGACAAAACUUCAUGUCAAACAGUGACAGUCGUAUUGGAGAAUACACCUGUCAUUCUAAUUACACGUUUGGAGAAUGAGUUCUCGUUCGCUUCCAUUACAACACUUCUUCAAAACAUCUUUCUUGCAUUGAUUUCCCAUCAUUAUUAUCAAGUACGUGGUGCUAUAGCUGUUUUUAUCUAUACCAAUUAUGAUUCUGGCAAAGCUCCCGAGGCAGCAUUCAAAAAACUUCGUAUCAAGACAAGCAUCUAUUUGGCUUGCAUUUUUCCAAAUUUUAUGAUUGAUUCUUUUUUUCUUUUCAAUUUGGAAACCUUCAAUCUAUAA